CCUCGCGCGCCCUCGACCCAAGCUCAGCGAGGUGGAACUCUCGCGUAAACACUGCGAGUAUCUGCAAGAGGCGGAGCUGAGUGCGCUGGAUCUCCUCGUUCUUCGUAUGGCUAUGCUUGCGCUGCCGCCUCUCGCUCCACCGCCGUUGUAAGCCAUCAGCCGUGGGACGUUGUGCUAUUUUUCGCUGAAACAGACGGUGCACAGUACCCUGGCAGCGGAGGUGAACUUUGCGCUGUUCGACUACCACAAGAUGCUCAUGGAAUUCGGCCUACCGGGCGGAGAUCACUCGUGCGCAGCGCUGAUGAACCUCGAGCUUAUCCGCAUCAUCGAGGUAACGUGCGAGCGGCUUCGCGUAAGCCAUGCUUCACUGUCAGGCGCAAAGGAUGUCAGCGCCAUCUCGAUGAACACGCGUCAGGCAGCCGAGCUGCGCAGUCAAGACGAGGAGAGAGUCAAAGCGGCCGAGCGCUCGUGGCGAGAUGUCAAGGAUGCCGCUUAUCAGGAGCUGUAUCCGUGUGGUGAGCUCCGGGGAGGAUUGGGCGAUGAGGACGAGAACCGCAUCGAGUACAUGAGAAGAUGGCUGGGCCGGCGUAGGGCAGUCUCGAUGAAUCACACCGACCCACUCGCCACGGCCUCGACUUCUGUCACAGCAUCGAACGCUUUCAUCCCGCCGCGCUCCCUUACAUCCUCGGCUGGCCCUACCACAACCGUGCAGGCCGCUGUAUCCCUCUCGCCGCUCGAGACUGCCGACGAAGGCCACGCAAACGACGCCGAUUCGCCUGUGCUGGAACGGUCCGAGACCACCGGCGGUCCACUUCGCUACCCAGGUCCGUGGGACUACGCAGCCACCGGCAUGCCUAGCGCCUUGAAGUUUCUUCCGAAUCGUUCGCAACAUGGCGCCUGUCCGUCUGCAGAGAUCACUUUCCGACGCUACAUGAACGAGAAAGGCAACAGAAAGGCUCGCUGGCGUAGACUCCUUGCUGCCUUUGACGACGCUGUUACAGCCCGCGCUGAGGCUUUAUACUAUGGCCCAAAAGCAGCAAACGAGGAUCUCGAUGCUCAUCUUGAAGCUGAUUACCUCGACUUCGUGGGCAGCAUGCUUCCUGUCCGAACCACGUUGCUCGCGGAGAUUGCAGGGAGAGAAGAGGAGUAUCGCAAUUCAAGGGUGCCAUUCUCUGACGCAGUCGUGGAGGAGAUCGAGUGGGAGUUGUGGAACUGGUACUGCUGGCUGCUCGCCGUCGGACUUCCGCCCGACAGCAUCGAGUUUGGCGCACUGUACAUGCGCGGCCGCUGGCACGCCAGCGAGUACGCUGCCGCAGGUGAAGUCCCCGCGUUCCACGACAUGUAAUCGGCCUUCUCCCUUCGAUCUUUGAGAUGCCCUGGCAUGAUGGGUUC